CGCACGUCUCUCUCUUCCACAAUGAAUGUCCUCGGUCUGUCCUUUACUCAUAAUCUUAACUGGAAACUUCACAUCUCAUCUCUCGCUAAAAUAGCUUCUAUGUAGUAUAUUAUAAGGCGUUCUGCUGCGUCUCCGCCAGUUUUUCUCAUCCCUCCAAUUGUUAACUUUGUAUAAGGGUUGUUGUUGUUGUUGUUUUAUUUUUACCAGUACGAUGGCUGGAUGGGCUUGUAGAAGCCCUACUAGAGUUGAGUCUUGAAACCCAGGCCUUUGUCACCACGGCCCACGGCCACGGGUCCACGGCAUCACCAGACGGAAGGAGAACGAAGCAGGGUAGAGUCGGAAGAUACGACGAGUCUCAACUGAUUGGGAAGUGUUGCAUAAGUCAAGAUGCAGGCCGUUCUCAGGACCUCUGUUCGUCUGCCCCAGGCUAUAGUACGACGACUGCAAUCAACACUUGUAAUUGCAGAGCAUGACAAUACCAGUUUAACACCAAUCACCCUUAAUGCUCUUACUGCUGCAAAGAAGCUUGGUGGAGAUGUGUCAUGCCUAGUGGCUGGCAGCAACUGUGGUAGUGUUGUUGCUGAGUUAUCCAAGGCAGCUGGCAUCAGUAAAAUCCUUGUGGCAGACUCAGAGGCUUUUGUUGGUUUUCUUCCUGAGCGACUUGCCCCACUGGUCACAGCCACACAAAACCAGUUCAAAUUCACUCAUAUUGUUGCUGGUGCCUCAGCUCAGGGGAAAUCUUUAUUACCACGCGUGGCAGCCAAACUUGAUGUCUCUCCCAUCAAUGAUAUCAUAGAAGUGAAGACUGCUGAUACUUUUGUGCGCACCAUCUAUGCUGGCAAUGCUUUGAUGACCCUAAAGAGCAAGGAUCUUGUCAAGGUGAUCACUGUACGAGGGACCAGUUUUGAGGCUGCCUUAGUUGAAGGAGGUUCUGCUGCUCAAGAGAAUGUUGCUGCUGGGAAUCUUCCUACUGACCUCUCCCAAUUUAUUGGACAAGAACUUUCCAAGUCAGAUCGACCUGAGUUAACAGCAGCUAAGACUGUCAUCAGUGGAGGAAGAGGCAUGAAAAAUGGAGAGAACUUUGAGAUGUUGUACUCUCUUGCGGACAAACUGAAUGCAGCUGUGGGAGCAUCCAGAGCAGCUGUGGAUGCUGGCUUUGUUCCCAAUGACAUGCAGAUUGGCCAGACAGGCAAGAUUGUUGCACCUGAGCUCUAUAUUGCUGUAGGGAUCAGUGGUGCUAUUCAACACCUGGCUGGAAUGAAAGACUCCAAAACAAUUGUUGCAAUUAACAAGGACCCAGAAGCCCCCAUCUUCCAGGUUGCUGAUUUGGGUUUGGUGGCAGAUCUCUUCAAAGCAGUUCCUGAGAUGAUAGAAAAAGUUUAGUCAUAUAUGGUUUUCAUUAGUAAGGCUCAAAAUUUUUUCACAAACUAUAUUUGAACAUUUAAUUUUUUUGUAUAUAAACUGUGCUCCUGUAGGUGUGUGUAGUUUGUAUGCCCAUGUGGAGCCUUGUUGCUAGCAAAUAUUAAGAUAUAGUCAGCUAAUUAUGUAAGAAAUAAUUAUAUAUGUAACAACUGAUGAAGAAUGCAAUCCAAUUUAUGUGGGUAUUAAAAUAAAUCAUUAAAAUAU